AUGGGAACCAAAUCACCAGACACUCCACAACACCCGAACCCUCUAACGGUGACCGAGGUCGAGCAAAUCGCGAGAGACAAGCUACCCAAGCAUAUCUACGAAUUCUACGCCUCGGGCUCUGAUGAACAGAAGGCACUUGUUCGGAAUGAAAAGGCUUUCGAUAGAUUAUGCAUCCGACCUCGAGUCCUUAUCGACGUUUCAGACGUCGACACAUCGAUCAACAUCCUAGGAUAUCGCACUUCAAUGCCCAUUGGAAUUGCACCGAGCGCUAUGCAGAAGUUAGCUGGUGGGGAGGGCGAACUUGAUAUUGCUAAAGCUGCGGUUAAUAUGCAUUUGAAUAUGAUUUUGUCGUCACAGUCGACAACGUCGCUAGAGGAUGUUGCAAGGGUGCGAUCGGCAAAUGAAGGCGAGGGCGCUGGGGUUGAGAUGCCUCCGUUUUGGAUGCAGAUUUAUCUGUACGAGGAUGUAGGGAAGAGUGUGGGUUUGAUAAAGAGGGCGGAAGCCGCCGGAUACCAAGCCCUCGUCUUGACCGUCGACACCCCCGUGCUGGGGAAUCGGCUGGCGGAACGACGAACGCCAGUGACAUUACCUCCUGGAAUGGACCUACCGAAUCUCGACAACAAGCACCGAGCAUCUCAGUCCCAACCCAGCGUGAACAGAUUGUUGAUGAACGCCAAAUCCGCUACUGAAGCGAAGGCGCUACGAGAUGCCGCGGGCUCAACGAUGCACAGCUCUAGUUUGAUUUGGGCCGACACGAUCGGGUUUCUUCGCUCUGUGACCAGUAUGAAAAUUAUCCUGAAGGGCAUCAUGACGGCAGAGGAUGCUUUACUGGCGGUGGAACAUGGUGUGGAAGCGAUCAUCGUGUCGAAUCAUGGCGGUCGGCAGUUGGAUGCUGCGUGUUCGACUGUCGAGGCAUUACCUGAGAUUGCGGCUGCGGUUGAGAAGAGGAUCCCGGUGAUUCUGGACGGUGGUGUGAGAUCGGGAACGGCGGUGUUCAAGGCAUUGGCGCUGGGGGCGGACUUUGUGCUGGUCGGUCGCCCGGCGCUUUGGGGGCUGGCGUAUGAUGGCCGUGCGGGGAUGGAGACGGUGAUGAAUAUUCUGGAACGGGAGUUGAGUCGGACCAUGGCGUUGGCUGGGGUUAGGAGUGUUGAGGAGAUCACUAAAGAGAGGAUAGGGGUAAUUGCUCGUGAUGGGUUUGGGAUCGCUCGACUGUAG